UAACUCUCCUCUGGUAAGACUAAAAUUUUCAGAUCAAAAGUGAAAGGUGGGUGUAUGAAUUCUUCCACUGUAUACUGCUGUAUUUUUUCCUUGGACAUUGACAGUAGAGAGCACUGUGUCAUAUAUGUGUUUCUCCUGACUGACCAGUGUGGUCUCUGGGAGAGGGCCAGGCCCCAGAGGAGAUUGAAAAGCCCAUUGACACCCCACCACGGUCCACCCUGCUGAUAGAGAGUCCCCAAAGUGCCUCUGUCGCUGUGGGUGGAGACAUCACCUUUAUUGCCAAGGUGGAGGCCAAAGACCUCCUCCGCAAACCCACUGUCAAGUGGUUUAAAGGAAAAUGGAUGGGUCUGGCCAGCAAGACAGGAAAGCACUUACAGCUGAAAGAGACCUUUGAACGAGUGACCAAGAUCCACACAUUUGAGAUGCACAUCAUCAAGGCCAAAGAAAACUAUGCUGGAAACUACAGGUGCGAAGUCACCUACAAGGACAAGUUUGACAGCUGCUCCUUUGACUUGGAGGUUAAAGAGGCUGGACAGGGCUCACAGAAUAUUGAUAUUCGAUCAGCUUUCAAAAGAAGUGAAGGACAAGAAGAUGCAGGGGAGCUUGACUUUAGUGGUCUCCUUAAACAUAGGUGAGAAUCACAUCCCAACCCUGAGUGGAUUUUGUCCUUUUUUAAUAUUUUUAAGCCCUUAUUUUUAUUUAUUUAUUUUUUUUUUUUUUGAUUCGCUACUUUUCUCCUUCUUUUAAAUCUUUUGUAAAUUUGAUUUGUGAUAGUCCACGGUAUAAGUGGCAGGUACUUUUUUUUUUUUGAUGAUACAUUACACUAUACCAGAGGUUUUCAGAGUUUAAAACUGUGGGCUCCACCCCAGACAAAAUUGUCUCCCAUCAUCCCCAUCUGUAUACAGAUACAAUUAAAAAAUAAAU